AUGAGGUCAAAAGGCCCGAGACUUCGAGUGGGAUGCGUCAUUGUGCACCGGAAAUCACUGAGGCGGUCGACGUGGGUCGAGUUUUACCGGGAUGUGGUAUUCUGUGCCUCCAUGAGGUCAAAAGACCCGAUCCUGCAAGUGGGAUGCGUAAAUGUGCACCCAAAAUCACUGAAGAUCUUGAGCGUCGGCUACAAUGGAUUUCCUCCUGGAACCCCAAACAAGGACGAAAACUGGGAGAAAAAAGCAAAACAUACUUUUGUCGUCCACGCGGAGGCCAACGCUGUGCUCCUGGCAGGCCAAGCUGACCUUGAAGGUUCAAUUGCUUUUGUUGCAAUGUUUCCCUGUCGGGAGUGUGCGAAAAUGCUAAUAGCGAAGGGUGCCCGUAAAGUAUAUUAUCUAUCAUCAAAAGAUAAACACCAAGAGGAGUCAACUGCCAUCUUUAAAGCAGCCAAAGUAGAGGCCGUGUAA